GGUAGGUGUGUCCAGCGAGCGGAGUGCGAUUAGUUUGCUCGGCAAGUACAGAAACAGUUUUGGAAUUGCACGGAGCGGGCGAUUUUUAAGACCAGGACCAUGGCUGGUGUUAGCGGAUGUAUCAAGUACUCUAUGUUCAUCUUCAAUUUCCUGUUUUGGUUGUGUGGCUCGAUUAUACUUGGAGUGUCAAUAUGGCUGCGGGUGAGCAAAGAAGCUGUGAAGCAAAUUGGUGAGAUGGAUAUUUCAGAGUUUUACACUGCAGUAAAUGUUUUGAUUGCUGUCGGUGCGAUCAUCAUGGUGCUUGGAUUUCUUGGGUGCUGUGGAGCCAUCAGAGAAAGCCAGUGCAUGCUACUCCUAUUCUUCAUCGGACUGCUCCUUAUUCUGAUCAUUCAGAUAGCUGCUGGUGUUUUAGGUGUGGUGUAUAAAUCACAGAUUGAAUCAACAUUGAAGGAAAAGUUUAAAGGGAUAGGCCCGCUGGAUAAUCAAUCAGAGGAUUUCAAGAAAGACAUGGAAGCAUUACAGAAACAGUAUAAAUGUUGUGGUCUUCUGCAAGGCUACCAAGAUUGGACAACUAUUCCAGCAUCCUGUGACUGUACUGAUCAGGACAAAUCUCAGUGUACUAUGGCAGGUGGCAGAUCGGUUUGGGCCAAGUCAUGUGUUGUUUUGAUGACAGAUGCCUUCAAAGCCAAUCUUCUUAUAAUAGUUGGCAUUGCCUUUGGACUGGCAGUGAUUGAGCUGUUUGGCCUAAUCUUCUCCAUGAUCCUGUACUGCCAAAUUGGCAAGAAAUGAGAAAGGACUCUUCCCACAACUGGAGUUGUUAAGUGCAAAUGUAUAAUGCUGCAUCUUCUGGCAUGUAAAUUAUAGCCAAACAGAGUUUUAUUUCAAAUCAUUUUAAUUAAACUUUUGAAAUGUAGUUCAGUCACACUCCAUCUCCUGACUCCAGCUGAUUAGUAGUCUUCCAGUUUAAAGUUAUCUGCUUUAUGUCUGUGUAAAUAUACAGUAGAAGAAAAGGGUUGUCGUAAUAUUAGGAAGGUGAUGGGUUGCUUAAUCUCGCAAGCAAUGCCACUUCAAAUCAAGUAAAAUAAAACUUGUCAAAAGUAAUUGAUCAAACGAUAGGGACCAUCGUAUUGAAGACUUACUGACCAUUACGGCACUGGUAUUUAGGGCAGCAGUGUAGGUCCUUCAUUUCUGAUGGUAUUCACAGCUUCCUUCAUCAUCUUAGUAACUUCCUCUCAGUUUUCACUCCUGUCACUCAUGCAAGUCCCGGGUGGAGACUCAGGAAUACUGUCACACUCAGAUGUAGAAAGAUUCUUCAUUGCUGUUUCCUUAAUUUUGUUUAAUCAAUCAGGGUUGUUGGCUCUGGGCUGAGCUCCUGAAUCUGGAGGCUAGUUGACCAGUGGACCAUUCUUAGUCUGGCCUGUACCUUUGACCUGUUUGGCAUGAGUGACCCUACUAAUAGGCAAGGCAAAAAGCCCUGACUCCAGCCAACGCAGCUCUGCGGGUCAUUGAGGCACACAAGCCUCCAAACCCUGCGACAAGGUUAUGGCCCUCUCAGAGGAUCACAUUGAAGAAGCUGGGGUGUAAUUGACCAGUGACUGAAGUAGAGGAUAAUAGCACCCUCUUUUAUCUGGAAAGGGACUGAAUGUGUGAAGAUAGGCAGACAGUACACUAGGUACAAUGUUACAGACCAUUUUAACUCCCACUGACUUGAAACAGUGAAGCUGUUCAGUUUAUUGGAGCUACAGACUUGGAUUAAUGCUGACCUGGAUUCUGCAGCAAGAAGUAUAGAUGGGCUGCACUACAUGUAUUAACUGAAGAAGUCAGUUGGACAAAAUCCAGUGUCCGCAUAUACAAAAACAAUGAAAUUAUCAUUUGCUUUGCCUGACUCUUUAGCUAUUGCCUUUCUGGGAUGUUCCUCAUUGAAAUACAAAAAUGAUCAGAGUAGCUGGUGAUAAUUUCUCCCUGAAGGUGUCAGAUGUAUGUAAGUCUUGUGCAUUCACGUGGAAGACAACUUCUAACUUUUUAAGUCUUAAAACUUUAAAAAUUUCAGAUGUGGGAUCAGGUUCUUUAAUUACUGUUGGAGAUUUCAAAAUAUUAAACAAUCUUUUCAUGAUUUUAUAUUGCGUUAACUACUUGAAACUACGAUUUGUUUUUAACCAAGUGUAUCAGUAAAGUUUUUUUUAUUCUUAUUCAAUAGGCUAAGUGCUGAAUCAAUGUGCAGAUUGUAUUCCUGGUCAGUGAUCAUGUGCCUGGGGUUACCUGAAACUAAAUGGUGUUUGAAACAAUAUUUUUGGGGGGGUAUCUCUCUAAUUAAAUUGCCAUUGAAUUAGUGUUUUCAAAAAUACUUCAGUCAUGACUGAGUUUAUCAUGUUGGGAAUUUGCUAAUAAGAUUUGACAUUUUCUUGUGUAUUUGUUAAACAAAAAUUAUCUUUUGAAAAAGUUUGGGUAAUUUGGGAAAGAUAAUAGCUUUUCAGUUUUAGACCUAACAACAAGGAAAUUUCAUCUAGGGUAUUGUGUUUAUUUGGCUCCUGACCAAGUUGGUGUUAUGACAAAACCCUAUUUAAUAAUGAAUCCAGUAUUUAGGCUCUAAUGGGUUGAAUUGUAUGGUAAUGCAAACAGAGAUGGUUUCCAGAUGUGGAUUGGUUCUGGCUGUUUAAUUGUACAGGUUCUUUGAAGACUGUUGUAUUCUACAGGUAAUUUGGGUUAUGCAUGUAAUUUAAAUGAGCUUGUAAUCUCAAAACUGAAGUUAAAACACUUGCUUUACAUUGUGUUUAUAUGAAUAAAAAGUUAAUAUUUCUGAGCGA